AUGGACACUAAAGACAUGAGCACCUUUAAAAAAGAAAGUGCGGGAGAGCCGGCCUUGAGAGAUGGGAAGGGGGCGAGCAGAAAGAGACUAGAACAAGACGAAGAAGACCCUCAGAUGCUCGAAUUGCGGCUCUUUUCUGAAAUCAAAUGGUCAAAUCGGCCACGUGCGUUGCUUAAAUUCCCAUAGUUCUAAUUUUUUCAGCAUCGAAUCCAUCGGCUUCAACCGGCGACUCCACAAGAGAUGCGGUUGAACUCAAGAAAAAGACAUGUGGUUGGCGCCUCGGCUCAAUUCGGGGUUAA